AUCAUCGUCCCUACUUGUUUGCAAGUUUGCCUCAUAUAUUCAGUUUUGUUAACACAAAGUCAAAUUCAAAUUCCCAAAAAAAACCAUGAGUACAAUUGGCACUGGGUAUGAUCUGUCGGCAUCGCAAUUCUCUCCCGAUGGUCGCGUCUUUCAGAUUGACUAUGCAUCCAAAGCUGUGGAGAAGAGCGGUACCGUAAUUGGUAUCAGAGGCAAGGACUGCGUGGUUCUUGCUGUUGAAGAAAUUGUUGUGGACAAACUGUACGAAGUAGAUGCAGCGCGUCGCAUUUUUACCAUUGAAAAGAAUAUUGGCAUGGCCAUCGCUGGACUCAUGGCCGAUGGCAAUUUUGUGGCUGAUAUUGCUCGCCAGGAAGCUGCAAAUUUCCGUCAGCAAUUCGAGCGUACUAUUCCUCUAAAACAUUUAUGCGAUCGCGUUGCCGCCUACGUCCACGCAUACACACUGUACAGCGCUGUGCGUCCAUUCGGAUUGUCUGUAAUAUUUGCCUCGUGGGACGAGACAGAUGGACCGCAGCUAUAUAAAAUUGAGCCUUCCGGCACGGCUUUUGGCUAUUAUGCAUGUGCCAGCGGCAAGGCCAAGCAACAGGCAAAGACAGAGAUGGAAAAAUAUAAAUUUGCCGACAUGAGCACAGAUGAAUUGGUGCAAAGUGGGGGUAAAAUCAUUUAUCAAGUAAACGACGAGGUAAAUAACAAAGACUUCCGCUUUGAGAUGGGCAUAGUUGGGAGAGAAACGAAUGGCGUGCAUUUCAUCAACCACGCAUCAUGGAGUCAAUUGGCCAUUGAAGCCGGUAAAGCUGCAAAGACAGCGGAUGGUGAUAAUGAGAUUUAAGUUGAAAAUUUGAAAUAUGUUCAUCUGAUUCUAAAUCGGCUUUAUAUAAUAUUUUAUAAUUCGCAAAUGUCAAAAAAUACAGAAACCAUUUUGCCCAAUUUAUAAUCAUUUAA